UGUUAUUCGCAUACAAUUUUUUUUUUUUUAUAAAAUAUCUUCGAGCGACUGCUUUCAACGUCAAACAGACUGAAGCUCAAACAACUGGAGGCGGAUAAUGUUUAACUUUACCGCUGAAGUGAGAAGUUAAAGACGUUUUCUCGAAGUUUCUCUAAAAUUUACAAAUGGAUUCAGGCCAAGUGUUGCAAAGAAGGAAACGGGACAUUCCUGUAAUCCGACCAAGAGCAUCAGAUGAGAACCAGCUUCUGGUCAGUGCUAAAAGUCUUGAACUCAGUAAGGUGAUUCGUCUUCUUGAAGAUCCUUUGACUGCUAACUUGAAGGAGCGCCACCUUUUUGUCCUGAAGAAACUCCUGAAGAGAAGCCAAAUUGGUUUCACUUUGAAGGACCUGACAGGUGUAGCCAAAAUACUCAACAUCUGUGCUGAGAAGGGGAAGGAUCACCCUGAGUAUUUGUCCAUUUUAUGUGAGGCGCUCGAAAUUUGUGGACUCCCCUUCCUGAAGGAGAAAUCAUCUGAUGAGCUGACAUAUGCCAAGGACGUCAUAGAGUUCCUCUCUCACAUGGGGUGUCUGAUGAGGGUGUCAGAUGUUGAAGUGAGACAGCAGAUAGUUGAAUCGGUGAAAAUAUUCUACAGCUGCGUGGCCCCCAAACAUCUGCUGGAUGGUACGGCCCGUCUCACAAAGACAAAGCCUCGGACUCUCCCCUCUGAAAACCGAUUUUCUAGACUUUCACUAAGACUCCAGCCAACCUCUCCAGGCUACAGGCUGCAGCUCCUGGAGCGCAGCGACCUGGCUCAGACGUUGCUCCUCUCCAUGGCCGCGUUGGAGAACCAGACCGCCAUCAAGCUGCAGCUCCUGCAGACUCUUCUGAUCCUCUCUGGCUCCUCUGAUUUGAACUGUGCAUCGAUGCUAAGAGCGGGAGGAGCGGGGACGGUUUGUCUCCACAUGAACGAACCCGAUGCAUCUGGUCAGGUUCUGUUCUGCUCCUCUGAAAUCCUCUGGAACCUCCUGGAGCGAGGCAACAAGGCGGAGGUCACUGCGCAGCUCAGCAGCAUGGAGUGUGUCAUAUCUCUAAAAGAGGCAUUUCUUUACAAGCUGAUUAAUGGUGUCCAUCAUUCUGACCUCCAACUCCGAAAUGACCUGCUGGUGAUCACAACUCUCCUUGCCGAUAACCCGAACUCUCUGCUCAUUGAGAGUCUGUUUGCCAAACAGCUUGUUGUUCUCGCCACGUUUCCAGAACGGAAAAGCCAAAACUCUUUGGUUGGCGACCUCAAACUCAACUUCAAUCACGAUGACUUGAAAAUGAAGAAGCUUCUGUUGAACCUGUUGGUUUUAAUGUCAAAGGACUUAAGUGCCCUGCAGCUCUAUAAAGACGAAAUGGUUAUGUUGUCUCUCCUGAUGCUCGUGAAGCCGCCUGCUGCCUCCUCUGGGCGGCGGUCCUGUUCACGCUGCUGGUCCUCCGUCCAGCAGGAGGAGCUCAUGCUGCAGGCGCUGGCCACCCUGGCUACCAUCGCUCCCCUCAUGUUGGAUGAUUUUAUGACAUGUCAGGGAAAUGCGUGUCUGCUGCUCGUGCUGGACUGGUGCGUAACACAAGAUUCUUACUUUGGUCAGGGUCACAGCUUUCAUGGCACAGGAGGACGAGGCAGUAAGAAGGCUCAGAUGCGGCAUUGCAUCCGAGUGCUGAGAUCUGUGACGUUAUUAGAUGAAGAGUCGGUCAACCAGGACCUUUGUGAUCAAGGACUCAUCCACCAGCUCGUGGGGGUUUUGAUGCAGAUGGAAGCAAGUCCUGAUGAAGAGGAUAUAGUCACUGUGGAGAUUAAGUCAGAUAUUCAACUAAUACUGUCUGCGCUGUGUGAGAGCAACAUGCACAGAAAGGAGCUGUUUGGAUCAGAGGGAGUCGAGAUGACGGUUCACUUCUUGAAGAAAGGCUCCGACAAGUUCUACAGCGGCCUGGGACACAACAAACUCAUCUUGUCCACAGUGGACUGUGUCUGGUCCUGUAUUGUUGGCUGCUACACCACAGAGGAUUACUUUCUGGCUAAAGAGGGAGGCUUUCUGCUCUUGGAGCUCCUCAGUUCAAGCCCCAGAUGUGUUCAUUGUAACAUCCUCGCCGCCCUCCUGGAACUUUGUGACAACCCGAACACGCUGUCCCACAUCCUGAGCUGGAGGGGCGACGGCGGUCAGACGGCGCCUGGACUCCUGCUGCAGCUGUGGAGGGAGGAGGAGGAAGAGGAGCUCAAAGUCAGCAGGAACAAACACGGAGGGAUCGCAGAUCCCAAGAGACCCAUCCUCAGCGUGUACCAGGACGAAGACCCGCAGCUGUCGUUUUCUUCCAAUGAACCGAGUCCAGCAGUGCUGGAGUUAGCAGAGAGUCUACGCUCAAAGAUUUACUCCAUCUUCUGCAAACUUGGUUUCCAGGACCUUCCUGGUUUGUCAACAAAUCAUUUUGUGACCAUGAGUGUCGUCAGGAGAUAUCUGGACUUCAAGGUCGGCGAGGUGUGGGACGAGAUCAGCAGGGAGCUGAGUUCAGAAGGUGUGAGGCCGAUCUCUCCGGACGAGGAGGCUCUGAGCACGAUCUGUAAGAUUGCAGAGGACACAGCGAGGAGGGUGGUAGCAGAACAGAACAGCAUCCUGGAGCAGCGGAGGAAAGAGGAGGUCAGCGAGGAGGAGCUCGUGUACUCUGAGAUUAAAUCUCAUUGGAAGCAGCGAGAGCUCACAGCCAAGACCUGGGACAACUACGUUUCCAAAACUUCAAACUUUCACACCCUGAAGGAAGUCAAAGCACAGAGGGAGAAACAAAGUGAAUCCUGCAGACCCAAAGCUGAGGAUGCUGCAGGUCGUCUCACACAGCAUUUCAUCGGUAAGGUCGUAUCUGUAGAGACCACUGACGCUCUGGGACCGGCAGGAGUGAAAGUGACGAUCGCCAGAGCUUCCAUCAAUUCUGCGGGUCAGGACCGAGAGGGAGCAGCAAGACACGACCAAGAGUACUUCAGCACGGUUUCUGUAAAGGACUGAUGACAGCAAAGACUCUGAUUCAAUACAAACCCUGUACAUUAAUACUGCAUCUUUAUUUUUAUUUUCAAAUCUUACAGCCACAGCACAAUCAUCGCAUCGUCGUUUCUUUAAGAGCAGAUUCAGUCAAUAAUGGAGAGUUUUGUAUGACUUUUGCAGAACAUGCAGAUGUGAGGUCAUUGGAUGUGCACAAUCAGCAUCUUGUAGUCUAGUCCACCUCUGACAUUCUUAUAUGGACACACACACACACACACACACACACACACACACACACAGCACUGAAUGAUCUUUGUGUUCUGAUGCACAUUACAACGUCUUAGAUUCAUGUUUAUUGAAUAGAUAAAAACAUUUUAUUUAGUGUUUUUUAGAAAAGAAAUGUAGUUCAAAAGUGUAAUUCUUCACGACAUGCAGAGCUUUACAUGUUCAGCCACAACAGUCUGAAUGUUUCUCUAUGCAUUAUUUAUUAUUUUAUGUAACCACAGGGCAGCAUGAACAGUGAGACCCUCGACAAUCAAUGUGGCAUCAUGGAAACUGGGGCCUUAUGUAACGUCACAAUAACCAAUAAACCCCUUUAAACCGAGGAUACAUCUCCAGCUCAGAGGAAACGCUGAAACUAAAAGCUACAGCUCUUUGUGUGUGUGCAGCUGUGAACACCCUUUAAGGAAACUCCAGGAAGGACUCCUCUUCCAAAGAGUUUCAUCUUUAGUGUUUUUGGGUUACAUAAGUCACUGCAGCGCAUUAGCACACAUGUUCCUCCGAGCGUGCAACAUGCUGCACAGAGACACUUCUUCUCUCCCCGCUCUCACCCACUUUACUGCCUGGAUGGUCAAAUCAUCUCUGACAGGCCGAAGCUUUUCAUGCAGCUCUGUGAGUGUGUGUGUGUGUGUGUGUGUGUGUGUGUGUGUGUGUGUGUGUGUGUGUGUGUGUGUGUGUGUGUGUGUGUGUGUGUGUGUGUGUGUGUGUGUGUGUGUGUGUGUGUGUGUGUGGAGCCCGUCAGACUGGGAUGUUCAUGCUGCACAAAAGAGCAGGGACACACAGGAGCCUCUUCAGUGCGACAGGCUGCCGCUGUUUGUUCAGGCUGCUGAGGGGCUUCACAUGCUGACUGACUGUCUGACUGUUGGUGGGUGCUGAGCUGCUGAUGAAGGUGAGGGGCAGCGUGGGUGCUGUUUUUAAGGAAUCCUGCUGGGUGCUCGUCAACUUCCCUGAGGACCCGUUAACU